AUGGGAAUUCAAAAGGAUAUGGUGAGGUUCAAUGUUGGUGGGAGAAUCUUCGAGACCACGGCCACAACCCUCGCCAACGCGGGACGGAAUUCCUUGUUUGGAGCUAUGUUUGAUGGCAAUUGGGACCUUCAACCGAGUGCCACCGCAACCACUGAGCACUUCAUUGAUCGCAACCCGGAUUGCUUUGCAGUCCUCCUUGACCUCCUCAGGUUAGGGGAGCUUCAUGUACCCCCAAACAUUCCUGAAAAAUUGCUAUAUAGGGAGGCCCUGUUUUAUGGCCUCUCAGACCAUGUUAGAUCGGCCAAGUGGGGCCCAUUUGAUGGAAAUAAGCUACAUUUGACUCAGUCCAUAACCGGCCAGGCGCCUGGUGAUGGCACCGCCAUUCGGGCCGGCCCAGAUGGUGGCUGUUGUGUAGCUCAUGGAAGCAUGGUACAUGUAUACGAUUGGAUGCUAGAAGAGCAUUCUCCUAUCACUCUUGAUUACCAGAGGGUGAAUGAUGCAAUUUGGGUUGAUUCGAAAAGCAUUGUGAUAAGUGCUUGUGAACGAUUAGGCCGAGGAGAGGGAGGCAUGGGGUUGUUCAGUGCAUCAACAGGAGAAUUAAGGUACAAAUUUCAUGUAACACAUGAAAAUCAGGUCAAAAGUUACACAGCUGGUGCAUUGAGUCUUAGUUCAGAUUAUAAGUUGUUUUCUAGUUGUAAAGGUAGGAGCCAUGAGUAUGGUAUUGGUGCUUGGGAUCAAGUAACUGGAAAGCAGAUAGAUUUUUUCUACGAGCCACCGGGAUGGUCACUUGGUGAUGCUGACAGACUACAAUGGCUACAUGGGAUAAAAGCAUGGUUUGGUCGUGGUCUGAUAUUGGGGCUCCGAUAA